AUGGAUCACUCGAGUAUGAUGAAUAUUGGUGGCUUGCUUCCCAACUCCAUUCUCUACAGAUCCCUCUUCACGGCUCCUCUGUCCUUUGGUUUCCUGUUGAAGGCAGCGACGGCUCCUCUGUCCUUUGGUUUCCCGUUGAAGGCGGCGACGGCAGCGACCGUGGCAAGUUGGUCUGGUUAG